AUGCGGCCGCUGAUCGUCAUUGUUCAGAUCCUGACCGACCUAAAGAACUGUCAAUAUAACGGAAAUUGGACAGGAGACUUUGAUGCGCUGAUGGACCAGCUACGUUCUGCCAUUGUGUCCGUGAAUUCAACAAGAGUGGAUGCCUCCUUCGCUGAUGGACUGUCCUCCUGGAUUGGAGCCGCCGUGUCCCACUUCAAGGAGUGGGCGGGACACCCUCGGAGACCCCUUGGCAACGAGGAGGAUUCAGAACUGCAGGGAGUACUGAGUCAACGUGGAAUUAAGGUGGGGAACUGCGUCCUUAAGAAUUUUGUGAAAGAGGUCGACCGGGUAGCUCCAUGGUAUGCUUGUUCUGGCUCCCUAACCCUGACCUCCUGGAACAAACUGGGCAGAGACCUCGAUCGCAAAUAUCUCGAAGGGGACCUGAGACAGCGCACCAAGACAAUAUGGAAGUUUGUUAAGAACUGCUUAGAAGAUGAGGGCUGUAGGCUGGUGGUGACGGAGGGACAAAAUACUUUAGAGGAAGUUCAGGACAGCAUGUCAGAAUCUGAGCGAAGUGAGAGGAUGGGUACCCGCAAGAGGAGAGACGUCUCCUACAAGGAAAAGGACCCUCCCGGUGAGUCUACCGACAAGGGAGUGAAAACGGAAAAAGGACCUCCCGGUAAGUCCGCAGACGAGGGAGUGAUUUAUAACCCGAGUGAGGUUCAAAAGAAAAGGGGGGGCCCUUACCCUGUGGAGGAUUUAGAGGCCUUGAACAUAGGGGAAUCAGACUCUGACUCCCUCGACUCUAGUGAGGAAUCAGAUCUAGAGGAGGAAGCCGCUAGAUAUGAGGAGGAAAGGUAUCACCCCGAUGGGUGGAGGAGGCCCUUUAGGAAGCAGGAGAAGCGGCCGCCCCCAAUGGCUCCCGCACGAGCUGCGCCUUCAGCACCUCCACCUCCUCCCUAUGAGGGGCGCUCCAAUCCUCUUUCUUUUCUUCCUGAUAAAGUGAGGAGAAAGGUGCAAGCCGCCUUCCCAGUUUUUGAGGUGGAAGGCGGAGGGCGAAUCCAUGCCCCUGUUGAGUACAGCCAAAUCAAAGAUCUUGCCGAGGCAGUUAGAAAGUAUGGGGUAAAUGCCAAUUUCACUGUAGUAAUGUUAGAAAGAUUUGCCGGCGCCGCCAUGACACCUGCGGAUUGGCAAAUGCUGGCUAAAGCUGCCCUUCCUACAAUGGGCCAAUACAUGGAAUGGAAGGCGCUAUGGCAUGAGGCGGCACAGGCUCAAGCCAGGGCAAACGCUGUCGCGUUGACCCCUGAGCAGCGGACUUGGACUUUUGAUAUGUUAACAGGCCAGGGCCAAUUUGCCGCUGAUCAGACAGCCUUCCCAUGGGGUGCUUAUGCUCAAAUUUCUAGCACUGCCAUCAAGGCUUGGAAGACGCUCCCCAAGAAAGGGGAAGCCUCUGGGCAGCUCACAAAAAUUAUCCAGGGACCUCAAGAACCAUUUUCAGAUUUUGUAGCUCGCAUGACAGAGGCAGCAGGGCGUAUUUUUGGAGACCCUGACCAAGCUGCACCUCUUGUUGAACAACUUAUUUUUGAACAGGCUACACAAGAAUGUCGAGCAGCUAUAGCCCCGAGAAAAAAUAAAGGGUUACAGGAUUGGCUCAGAGCAUGCCGAGAACUUGGAGGUCCCCUUACCAAUGCAGGGCUGGCUGCCGCCAUCCUACAGUCACAGAGACCAUUGAGGCAGGGGAUGAACAGGAGAACCUGCUUCAAGUGCGGCCAGGUGGGACAUUUAAAGAAAGAUUGUCCCGCCCCAGAUAAGGACAGGGUGUCCCUUUGCUCCCGUUGUAGCAAGGGGUAUCAUAAAGCUAGUCAGUGCCGCUCCGUCAGGGACAUCAAGGGGCGACUCCUCCCGCCACCUGAGGACCAACACAAGAUGGAUUCAAAAAACGUGAGGGUGGGCCCACGUUCUCAGGGCCCUCAAAAGUAUGGGAACAAGGUGGACAGAGGCCAGGGGAAAGGGGAGAAAGUCCAGUCAGAAGACACACAAGAAUGGACCUGCACGCCUCCUCCGACUUCUUAUUAA